AUGUCGCGCCAAAUCAACCAGCCGUCCAACCAGAUCAAGCUGACCAACGUGUCGCUCGUGCGCCUCAAAAAGGGCAAGAAGCGCUUCGAGAUUGCCUGCUACAAGAAUAAGGUGCUCGAGUGGCGCUCCGGCAUCGAGACGGACCUCGACAACGUGCUGCAGAUCCCCAGCGUCUUCCUCAACGUGUCCAAGGGCCAGACGGCGCCCAAGGAGGAUCUGGAGAAGGCGUUUGGCAAGAAGAUGACGACCGACGACAUCAUCCUCGAGAUUCUGAAAAAGGGCGAGCAGCAGGUCGGCGAAAAGGAGCGCGCGGCGCAGCUGGAGCGCAUCAACAACGAGGUGAUUUCCAUUGUCGCGAGCAAGCUGGUCGACCCGCGGACGAAGCGCGUGUACACGUCGGGCAUGAUUGAAAAGGCGCUGGACAUGCUCAGCUCCCAGGCGCACUCGACCGAGGGCAAGGACAAGGACAAGAGCAAGGAGAGUGGUGCGGCAGCGGCGGCGGCGGCCACUGGCGAGGACGGCGAGGCCAAACCCAGACAAAAGGAAAAGGAGCACAGCUGGACAGGCGUCUCGACGACCAAGAGCGCCAAGAGCCAGGCGCUCGAGGCCAUGAAGGCGCUGAUUGCGCACCAGCCGAUCCCCGUGGCCCGCGCGCGCAUGCGGCUGCGCAUCACCUGCGGCACCAACGUGCUGAAGCAGGCGGCGAAGCAGACGGCGCCAAAGGAGGAGGGCGGGGAGCCGCAGAAGGGGACGGUCAAGGACAAGAUCCUGGGGUACAUCGAGCAGGUCGAGACGCAGGACGUCGUGGGCGCCGAGUGGGAGGUGGUGGGCUUUGUCGAGCCGGGUGCGUUUAAAGCGCUGGGCGACUUUAUCGGGAAUGAGACCAAGGGACAGGGACGGGUCGAGGUGCUGGAUAUGGCGGUGACGCAUGAAGAUUAA